UGUUAUGUUGAUGCCUUUAGUCGGUUAUAACUUUCCAUCGAAUGAAGACCGCAUUUUAAAGUGUUCCAUUGCAAAUCAAAAGAAGCAUGAAGAUCAAACUAUUGUUGAUAUCCGCCCUGGCAUUGGCCAUCGUAGAAGGACGUUCGCUUCGCAUUAGACGAUCAGAUAUUGUGUUCCGACCAGAUUCAGAGUUGACAUGGGAGGAAAAGCAGGAGCUUUACCGCACGACUGGUAAAAGACCUGGCUACAGUCAAAGCAGUGCUGCCAAUACGGGUUCCCAAACGAUUGUAAACCAACAUGGAAUGGCACAGCAAACUGCCGGGGGAAGUGUCUCCUCAAACUUGGCCAACGAUGGUUCCAGUGGACAGCUCAGUGCGGCCAAUACUCAACAGCAAACGAUGCAGUCCGGGGAUAGGUUCCAAAAUCAAAACGCCGGUCAAAGCCAGUCGGCAAACUUUGGCAAAGAUCAUCAGCUUUUGUCGAAUGCCAACACCAACACCAACACGGUGAAGGAAGGCGGAAACAUGCGGCAAACGUCGGAAGGUGGAGCCGGUUCUUCGGUGGUGAACAAACAUGGCACCCAGUCCAAUCAGGCUCAGACCAACAAUGAGCAAUACGUCAACAGCGACGGUCAGCAGGGAACCAAAUCGACGGGCUCCAGCCAAUCGGUCAACACCGGGCAAGCUGGAUCAGGUGCAUCGAAUGCGAACACCGGUUCCGAGACGAUCGUACUUCCCGAUGGAACGGUGGUUACGAAAUCAUUUGGAUCGUCGUCCAGUUUUCAGAGUAGUGGUAACGUGAAGGUUGCCGCUUUGGCCAGUGGCUUCUCGAAUGCACUGGGAGGUUAAGGUGCGUCAUCGCUAUA